AGCUCUUGUUACGAACGCGAAGCGUGAAGUACAUUUGAAUCCACACAAUUCGGAUCGAAUUCCUUUCCAACCAUUUCCUACAACUAACCAAGCGAGCCGCAUCAUAAAACCCCAAUCAAAUUCGAACAAUCAUGACCUACCACAAUAUAAUAGGGCCCGCGAUUAUAAACGUAGAGCAGAGCGGCAAUGUUUAUCAGCAUAACGAAGCAAAAGCUAUGCGGCUGAGGGACUCGACUGACUUUGAGCAGCAUGAUAAAAUAAACAAUCUGAAGCGACACCCGAUGGAAACCAUACCAAUAGCCUAGCAGAUCGGUAGCAUUCUAAAUGUAAUCAAAAUCCAUCAUUGAACUUGAUCUUGAAAAUUAGGUCAGCUGAGCAUCGGGAUCGUGCAAAAUAUGAAUGGUAGAUCUAAUUCUGUACAAAUACAAUCAAAUCAUGUAGCUAGAGAGAUUGCUCAAAUUCAGGAAAAUUCUCUCUUCGGAGAAGAAAAUAUUUCUCCUGUGAAAACACGAAAAACCAUGUACCCGCGAAAGAUCAUUCUAGAAAUCUGGCCGCUCAUAUAUUCAUGUUAAAACACGUACUGAAAGUGUAAAUGUGUAGAUCGUAACGAGAGCCGCUAUUUCAUCAUCCUUUCAGGAAAGAUCAUGUGUAAUUUUUGGUAGGCCCUGCGGCUAUAAAAGAGGAAGAUCAAUAAAGACGACAGUCAGUUUUGUUUUUGGACUCCACACUGGAUACCUCCCGGAUAAUGAGUAGUAUCGGUGUUCGAAAGUAACGCGUUCCGUCUAGUCUGUUGGUUGGCACGCACGGAAUGUAAUACCGUAUCCCUUCGCAACGGUACCGUGAAACGAUUGUGGGUUUCGUCAUCCUGAUCAUCGUUGAUUCAUCAUCGCGAUAGCUGUGGACAAGAGUGCUGCUGGAUUCAGUAAGUAUUUGGUCUAGUCCCACCGCAAGAGGAACACCACACCCCGAUCGUGCUGCCAAUUGGAAGAUUGCGCCCCGGUGCCAUCGCCAACAAAUUUGGUGGCUCCAGAGAGGAGGAGCUACUGCCACCAACAUCUUGGUGGCCUGCCUGAGAGGAAGGAAAAUCGAACUCCAGGAGCGCGCUGAAAAGUGGAAAUCGACACCGAGUCUAGUGUGAAACAGUGAAGAAUAUUGAACACUGAAUAUCAUCAAACCGUCGUGAACCUUGUCGUGAACAGUGACAAGUACUGAAGAAAAAGAGUACUUAUGGAUUAUGUUUGCUGAAAAAUAGUGCCGGAAAGUGAAUCUGAAAUCCGCAAUAAAAAUUGUGGAAGACUGUCAACGUUAAGCAUAGUGAAUUAACUGGUUGCUAAGUGGGUAGAAGUCAAUGCCAACGAAUAGUGUUUUUUCGAGUUGUAACGUGGUUUACUGUCGCCAAGAGUGCAGUCUGAGUGUUGUGCAUAGUCACAAGUUAUACGGUUACAAUUCUAUAGGAUCCGAACUGUGAACUGACAUUCACAAACUGGUCUAGUCGUGCCAUAGUGACUAGCGCCCUUUUCGGGAAGGCAAAUUAAAGUGAACUGAAUAAUCACUGAAAACGAAUAAUCAAGAAUAAUGUUUUUUCGAGUUGUAACGUGGUUUACUGUCGCCAAGAGUGCAGUCUGAGUGUUAUGCAUAGUCACAAAUUAUACGGUUACAAUUCUAUCGGAUCCAAACUGUGAACUGACAUUCACGGAUAGUGGCAAAUAAGCCUAUACAGGCAAGGAAACUCGCGGUACAAGUGACACAAGUGUGCAAGGAACAAGAAGAACCCAAUUCACGAUAACCAAGUGAAAAGGAAUACGAAUACCCAGCAAUCCAGAACAAAGAAGAAAAAUAAAUCACGAUUGUUUUUAUGUGACUGACCUGAACAGGUCUAGUUGGUCUAGUCGUGCCAUAGUGACUAGCGCCCUUUUUUGGGAAGGCAUCAUUGAACUCGAUAUCGUGAAGAAUAUAAGUGAACAGACAUUCACAAAUCGGUCUAGUCGUGCCAUAGUGACUAGCGCCCUUUUUGGGAAGGCAAUUAGAAGUGAACUGACAUUCACAAGUAGAAAUUUGGUCUAGUCGUGCCAUAGUGACUAGCUCCCUUCGGGAAAGGCAACAUUGAACUCAACGAUAUCGUGAAGAAUAUAAGUGAAUUUACAUUCACAAAUUGGUCUAGUCGUGCCAUAGUGACUAGCGCCCUUUUAGGGAAGGCAAUAUUGAACUGAACAGUCGUGAAAAAUUAGUGAAAGUGAACUGACAUUCACAAGGUUUUGGUGGUACGAGAUACAGCACUGUGCAGACAGUCUUGGACGGCGACUUUUAUGCAACGAGGCUUGAGUGAACUCAAGGAAAUCCCGAAGCUAACCUGGGAAUCAGCAAACAUGUCUACAAGGUUCGUAUUGAACAAGAACGGCCAUUGCCGUCUUUGUAAUGAGGAUGAUACAGUGUGUGAUAUGGUAUGUUGCGAUGAGUGUGACCGCUGGUUUCACUUAACGUGUGCAAAGCUGGAUCAUAAACCGACUAAACAAGAAAAGUUUUUAUGCGUAAAAUGCACACAAUUGGAAAUUGAACGCAAUGACCUGCUCGACAAGCUACAAAAACAAAAUCUGUCAGAGCAUAUAAAUCAAUCGAUAAGUAAUGCGUUAGCAAGAAACAAUGAUGCAACACCAUAUUUCAAGAGACAAGGCCUAAUUAAACUUCCAGCCUUCAAUGGAGCUCCGCGUGAUUGGCCAAAAUUCAAAAAUAUUUAUGAUGAUACUACAAUAGAAGGAGCAUUCACUAAUUUGGAAAAUUUAAACCGGUUGGAACAAGCGUUGAGUGGAUCUGCAGCAAAAUGCGUUGCAAAUUUGAUGAUAAGCGCAGCGAAUGUCCCGCAAAUCAUUAAACGACUUGAAGAAACUUUCGGAAGACCUGAAACUGUUUAUAAGCAGCUGUUAAGCGACUUGAUGAAAGUACUUCACCAAAUACGAGUAAACCCUGUUGAGUUAUCGGACGCUCUGGAUAAUCUUGUAACAAACAUGGAAUCGUUGAAGAAAAUAGACUUUUUACGUGACCAUCGCCUAAUUGAAGAUAUCACGAAAAAGUUACCAUUUAAUUUGCAAAUCAGUUGGACAGAAGUGGUGCAGCGAAAUCAAUCACAACCCACACUGAUUGAUCUGAGCAAGUGGUUGAAACCACAUGCAUCGACACUUCGAUUAUUGUUACCCACAUCUGGAACAUCUAGAAAUGUAAUGCCAGCGACACAUCCUGCAAAAUCUAGAAUACAUGUUCACACUAAAUCCAACGAUUUAUGCAACAUUUGCAAUUUAAAUCAUAAAACUCAGCAAUGCAACAAAUUAAAAACUGCUAACGUUAAUCAACGUAAGGAAAUAUUAUCGCAAAACCAACUCUGUUUCUCUUGUCUUGGAAAAGGGCAUUACUUAAGGUUUUGCCCCAAAAAGACGGAAUGUAAAUUGAAUGGAUGUAAAAGCAAGCAUCAUCGAUUAUUACAUCAACCUAAGCAACAACAAUACAAAUCGGAGAGGAAUAAUCAUCAUGGAUAUAAAAAGGAUGUGUACUUUCAAAUAAUACCUGUAAAACUGAGCAACAAGGACAAAGUCAUCAAUACAUUUGCAUUUCUGGAUCCGGGAUCAUCACUCAGCUUGAUCGACGAAGCCAUCGCAGAUCAGUUGGGGCUUGAUGGAAAAUCUGAUCCAUUAUGCCUCACUUGGACGCAAAAUUUAUCAAAAGAAACUCCGAGUAAACGAGUUAACAUUCAAAUACAAGGGAAAGGCAAGCAGUACGUCAUGAAAGGUGUUAGAACAAUUCCGGACUUACAACUGCCAAAGCAAUCACUGAAGAUCAAGCACAUCAAAAAACGUUUCAAGUAUUUGGCAGACUUGGACAUCGACGGAUAUCAUGAUGCAAAACCAACUAUAUUAAUCGGGCUGGAGCAUCCCCACCUCCUGAUGACAACUGACAGAAGACACGCUGAUGAAAACUCUCCUAUGGCAGUAAGAACCAAACUCGGUUGGCUGAUUUUUGGUAAGAUCUGUAGGGAAGAUGAUUAUUUUUCAAUGUCAAUUAAAGAAGAAAAGGAAGCAGAAAAUCUCUCCAAAAUGUUAGAAGACUUUUGUUCGUUAGAAAAUUUUGGAGUUAAAAUCAUUGAGGAGCUCCCUAAAUCAAAAGAUGACGAAAGGACAGAGAAAAUUCUUAAUCAAACUCUCAAUUAUAAGGAUGGACAUUAUGAACUAGGUCUUUUGUGGAAGAAUGAUAAAUCUAGUUUUCCUCCAAGCUAUAACAAUGCCCUGAAUAGACUAAAAUCACUAGAAAGGUCUCUAAUGAAGAACCCAGAAUUAAAAGAUUGGGCAAAUGAAAAAUUUAGUGAUUUCUUGGAGAAAGGUUACGCUAGACAGCUUUCACCUGCAGAGCUGAUGAGUGAGAAUCCCAGAAUAUUUUAUCUGCCUCAUUUCAUUGUCAUUAACAAGAAUAAGGUUCCGCCAAAGCCACGAGUUGUAUUCGAUGCAGCGGCAGAAGUCCAAGGAAUAUCAUUUAAUUCCGAACUAAUGACUGGUCCUGAUAAUUUGAUGGGACUUUUUGGAGUUCUCUUGAGAUUUAGAGAACACAGUAUUGCAGUAUCUGGAGAUAUUAUGGAAAUGUUUCAGCAAAUUAAAAUUAUAAAGGAAGAUCAGUAUGCUCAACGAUAUCUCUGGCGUAAUUGUAACCCAGAUGCACAACCGAAUAUUUAUGUCAUGGAAUCCAUGAUAUUUGGCUCAACUUGUUCACCCGCUUGUGCCCAAGCAGUAAAAAAUUAUAAUGCUAAAUUAUUUGAAAAUCAAUUUCCAGUUGCAUCUACUGCAAUUGUCAACCAACAUUAUGUGGAUGAUUAUCUAGACAGUUUUUCAAGCAUGGAAGAAGCAAUUAAAACGGUUAAUGAAAUAAUAAAAAUUCAUCAGUAUGGUGGAUUCUUUAUAAGAAAUUUUAUUUCAAAUAAAAAUAAAUUGAUUGAUCACAUUCCAAAAGAAAGAGUUCAGAUAGUAGAAACGAAACAAUUUGAACAUAAAGAUUCAAUUACCGAAAAGGUACUCGGAGUGUUUUGGAAUAUUAAAAGAGACUCUUUGCAAUAUCGAGUCAAAUUUGAUAAACUGGGUGAAAACAUAUUAAGAAAAGAUCAAAUGCCAACAAAACGCGAAGUGCUUUCGUUUGUAAUGAGCAUCUAUGAUCCACUAGGGCUCAUAUCAAAUUUUAUUAUUCAUGGAAAAAUUUUACUUCAGAGAUUACAUAAAGAAACUUCUGACUGGGAUACUCCUAUCUCUGAGAGAGCGUUUAAUCAGUGGAAAUUGUGGCUACAAAUGAUGAAUCAAGUUUCGAAAAUUGAAAUUCCCGGGUGUGUUACACACCCAUCAGCAGAAUAUUACGAAUUACACACAUUCGUUGAUGCUUCAGAAGAUGCAUUUGCAGCCGUAGUUUAUUUGAGAAAUAAAACUAAUAAUGGAGCAAUGGUUACGUUGAUAGCAGCAAAAUCUCGAGUUGCUCCAUUAAAGAAAAUUUCAAUACCUCGUCUAGAACAACAAGGUGCCGUACUUGCACUCAAUCUUGAGAGGAACGACUUUUCAAGACUACCUUCCCACGGAUUGAUAACCGAACCACCGAUCAACGCGAACGUCCACUGCGAACUGAAACUGAAUUCGAAAUGGAUUCAAUCCACAAGCUUCGACCGUACCAAAGCAAGCCACUCUCGUCGUCGCGACUCGCGAGUACGAGUCGAUGAGCGAAGGAAAGCAAGCAGCUGA